CGACAACAACGAGAAAUAUCUCUGUUAGGUACGGGAAAUGUCUAUGGGCACCCUACAGGAUCAUCUCAAAAACCCAUCCUACAAUUGAUUUUAGCUAUACUUGAUGAUUUAACACUGCGUGCUUCGUUCAUGCCUGCAAGCGUACAUGGAAAUCAAUCGUUCCAUUAGUGAUUCGGCUCUCUUGCUAGCCCAGCCCUACAAGAAAGUGCUAAACAACGCUGGUUCGCGCGCGCGCGCCCGGCAAAAACUCGGUCUCUAGCUAGGUCAAGGUAACCGCCGCCAUCCAUCUUUCCCCAGGGAAAAAAGUUAACCGCAACGACACCGACCUCACCAACUUUCGAGCUUCCACUUCCGUAACCUGCUUCUCUCGCCCCCGCGCUUUCACAUUACCCUCGUACGAAAUCCAAAACUAGGACCAAAGAACAAAAAACAAAAAUGUCCAGCUACGCAGGCGCAGACACGACGGCCGGCGCAUCCAACCCGUCGGGCGCGAACAACUUGUCGGCGACGGAGAUUGAUGCACACCAGCGCGCUGUGAGCUACACUUGCGGCGACUGCGAUCAGGAUGUGCAGCUGCGGAGGGGCGAACCGAUCCGCUGCCGCAACUGCGGUCAUCGUGUGCUGUACAAGAAGCGGACCAACCGAAUGGUGCAGUUUGAGGCCCGAUGAAGCAAACCAAAUAGGCAGCGCGGACCAUGGGGACCGAAAAUAUAUACAAACGAACGAAAUGAACAAAUGGGUGGACGGACGGAUAUAUAGCAGUACUUGGAGCAUAAUCAGCAGGAAUGAGGACAUUCUUGAGUGGUGGUUGGAUAGUUCGAGGUAGGAGAUUGAGGAGCGAGAGGAUACCAGACUGUCAAUACCAUCAGCGACCUGGCAACUAUUCUCCUUCUUACGGUCCCCGUGGAAAUGAUUUAGGGGAAAGGAAAUGCAUGAUAGCGAAAUGGGUCUGCGUUUAUAACAUCCAGUCCCAUAACAGGCAUU